CCAGGUACUAUAUAUUAACACUCAUAACUUUGUUGCAACAAAUACGAAACACAUCGAUUAUCUUCAUCUAAAAUGGAGGGAAAUUCAACAACCAACAUGAGGAAAACAUUGAUAGGUGAGCUCAUUAGAGGUAGAGAUUGUACCGAAAAGCUUCAGAAUCAACUUCUCCGGAGAGUUGUGGAUGGUGGGCCGGAAUCACCUGAAGAUCUUGUGAUGAAAAUAGCAGCAUCGUUCUCCGAAUGCCUUUCCACAUUUAGCUAUCCGGUGUCUACGUAUGUGGGAUCAGCUUGUUUAGACAAAACGAAGAAGAAGCCGGAGCCAGGGGCAGUGAAGGACCGCAGAGGAUGUUACAAGCGAAAGACGGAAGAUUCGAGGGUUGAAAUUACAGAUACAUAUGAAGAUGGAUAUGCAUGGAGGAAAUAUGGACAGAAAGAGAUUCUCCAUGCAAAAUUUCCAAGGUGUUAUUAUAGAUGUACACAUAAAGAUGAUCAGGGAUGCAAAGCUUUGAGACAAGUCCAACAACUAGAAGAAUAUGGAUCGGCAAAGUAUCGUAUCACAUAUAUUGGGUCUCACACGUGUCAAAACAUGAACGAAAACACACAAACGUUCUUAGCCCCAGAGGAUCAUAGUUUUUCUCUUAUUAAUUUCAAGGACUCCGGCAUCAAACAUUCACCAAGUAGCCUCUCGACUAUCACAAAUGGCGAUACCAUAGUCUCAUUUAAGCAACAUGAUGAUUCUAAUGCCCAAGGCGGGAAUUAUCUUGCCCCUAGUAGUCAAGGCACAUCAUCCAAUUAUGGGUGUGAGGAUAUGAUUACUAAUUUGGACUUAUCAUAUACAGAUAUUUUCAAAGACGAUGACUUAAAUGGUGAACGCGAUAAUUAUCACGCCUCUAGUAGUCAAGCCACAUCAUCCAAUUACGUGUGGGAGGACAUGAUUACCGAUUUGGAGCGAUCUUGUGAUGAUAUUUUUCAAAUAUGAUGAUCAUAUAGAAGACUUUAAAAUUUAUUAGUCACUAGUGUAACACUAUGAGGAUGCAUGAUAACUUUAUUUUGUUUAAAUAAGUAUAUUUAGUCACCAUAGUUUAAGGCAUUAAAUCUACAUUACAUAGUGGGUAGUUUAUAAAGUAUGUAUUGAUCAUAGUACGGACU